AUGUCAGUGAAGGUGCCUAUAUCGACAACUCCACGUCCUGCAUUAACAACAUCGCCACGACCGUUGUCAAGUUUUACCAUCAAGAACCUUCUCGAUUUGAACAACCACUUGCUUGCAUAUAAGCUGCCACUCUCAGUGAUUGCAUUAGUCGAUCUCAAUGCAUUUUAUGCCCAAGUCGAAUGUGUUCGACUAGGUUUGUCAGAUGAAGAUCCGGUUGUGUGCCAACAAUGGCAAUCAAUCAUUGCAGUGAGCUACGCAGCACGGAAAUAUGGCAUAUCACGACUAGACACGGUGCACUCGGCCAAGCUAAAGUGUCCACACCUAAUAUGUGCACAUGCUGGAGUAUACAAAAAGGGAGAUAGUCAUUGGGCGUACUACCCAGGAUCACCAUCACCGGUUGACCAUAAAGUUAGCUUAGAUACUUAUCGACGAGAGAGUAGAAAGAUUUUGCGGAUUGUACAAAGUAAAUUUGAUUUGGUCGACAAGGCAAGUGUAGACGAAAGUUAUGUCGAUUUAGGAAGAGCAGUUUUUAAACUAUUAUUGCAAAAGUUCCCCCAAUUACAAGAAGCAAUGGAUAAAAUUGGUGAUGGCGGCGAUCCCCUGAGCUUAUUAUUACCCAACAUCCCAAAUAAACUACCCGAGGAUUUGCAAUGGGAAGGUUACAUUGCCGAGUCCGAUAAGGAAAUGUCUGACGAUGGACAAACAGUGGAUAUGCCACCUGUAAUUGAAGAUUGGGAUGAUGUUACACUUCUUUUAGGAUCACAACUUCUUUUAGAUCUCAGACGUACUAUAUACGAGGAACUAGGAUACACCACAUCGGCCGGCUUGGCCCGAAAUAGACUUGUGGCGAAAUUGAGCGGUGACUUUAAGAAGCCAGAUAACCAAACUAUAGUACGAAACUGUGCAUUGAAUCGAUUUUUACAAAACUUUGAAUUGACAGAUAUCACUGGGUUUGGGGCGCAAUUGGGUAAAUCCUUGAUUGUGAAAUUCCAGUGUCCCUCAAAUACAAACUCCAUAGCAUUUAUUAGAGACAACUAUACGCAAAGUAUGAUGCGAGAAGAACUUAGAGAUGACCCUGAGUUGGCAAACAAGUUGUAUUUGAUUGUGCGUGGCUUGUACCCUCUGGAAUUGACAUCAAAAGUAGACGUGAAAUCAAUGAUGUCAACAAAGAAUUUUCGCGACAACUCACCGUGGUGUUUAAAAGAUGCAUACGAAUGGUUAACUGUUUAUGCGGGGGACUUAUCGAACCGGUUGCUAGAUUUGGAUAAUGAAAGUAUGGACCUAUCAUUGACGAAAAUUUCGAAACGAGAUCGGGGGGUUUUGAAAAGACCACGAACAAUCACAAUUGGUGUUCGCUCAACUGCAUUUGUAAGACAAACAAGACAAAUGCCCAUCCCAAUUCACAAAGAUAUAAGUAAAAUGAAACAAACCAUUUUAGAAUGUGGAUGUCAAUUAUUGAGGGAGUACAUGGAACACAAUACAGAUUUAACAAGACUCAAUAAUGGCAAAACCCCAAAGGAACUAUUUGCUGGUGACCCGAAAAAUGUGAAAAUCAUGAAGAUGCAAAACAUGUCUCUUGCUAUUUCAAACUUUGUCUCCUUGAACGAAAACUCAUCUAUUGAGUCUUUUGCUAGAAAGAAGAAUGAUGGAGACAAAGAUAAAACGAAUAAUGGGAAUGAGAGUAUAAAUCACGAGUUAAUAGAGAUCAAUAAGGAAAUUAAGAGGAAAAAUGAAGAGAAACUAACGCAGCCACCAAAGAAACCAAAAGUCUUAUCAAUUGAGAAUAAACAACAUAUUAACAAUUUAUUUAUGGAGUUUAACAAAUCAAACAAUGACCAGAGUCAGAGUCAGGGCCAGGGCCAGAGCCAGAAUCAGAGCCAGAGCCAUAUCAAGAACAAGCCGAGCACCCAGUUGAGCACUAAACCUAACAACAAGCUUAAAAAUUUGAGUCAAUCGCAACUGCGUCAUCUGCAGCAGCAGCUGCAGCAAUUGCAAAAGGGUAAACUUGGUCUAGCUCCAAAUAGUGGAGGCAGUAAUGAUAUUAUUAAAUCACUCCAAAACCAUCAACCAGUGAAUCUUUUAGCAGAAUUGCAAUUGUCUCAGUAUUGUCCGAAAUGCAAAGUGGGAAUAAGUGAUCCAAUAGAACAUAACGAUUUUCAUAUAGCAAUCGAGCUCUCUGAAAAAUGGAACCAGUAA